AUGCAGGUUGACGACUCUGGUGACAUCCGUUUCAGGGGCUGCAAGUCUGAGAGCUGCUUGUUUGUUGAGAAGAAUUUCAUCCUGUCAAAUGCCGCCAUUAUUUUUCAGGACUGCGAGUACAGAGGUAUGCAAGCCUCUGGCGAUGUCACGCUGAAGAACGGUGCCAGCAUGAGCUUCAAAGGUUGUGGUAGCUUGCAGGUUAAGGGCGGCGCUCUACUUGUCGACGGUGGUCUACACGUGGAAAAUGGGUCCUCGCUUGAAGCAAAGAGCUGCGUGAGCUGGCGCGGUGCAGGCGUCCAUGCCACAGGUGGUAUCGAAAGUCACGGACAGCUAAGAUUCAUUGACUGCUGGGCGGAGGACACAGGUGGCGCUUUCGUGUCCAUAGGUCCUGCAAAUGUGACGGGGGAUGUCUUGAUUAGACGUACAAGCAGCUACAAUCACGGCGCUUGCAGCCUGCACGGAGGAGGUUCCUUCGAUGGUGCCCACAUCCGGUUCGAGAACCUCAGCAGCUUUGCAAAGCCGACCUUUGGUCCCGCUGCAAUAGACUCCCAGUCAACUGAUCGGCUGACGAUCAAGGAUGUGUCUUUUGGACAGCACGUGAGCGCGAAGGGCACCAUCGUGGAGACGAAAGGCCCGCUUGAAGUUGAAGGGGUGCACUUCACUGCAGAUGCACAACACUACCGCUUCGUUGCGAUGAAGGGGCUGGUGCUGAAGGAUGUGGACUGUGACAAUGUGGAAUCCUGCCUCUUUGAAGCAAUCUCCCCGAAU